GGCGGGCGGCCGCAGGAGGGGGCGGACCGGAGCCGCCGGGGUAAGUACCUCCUAGCGGACCUGGGUCCGAGCCAGCCCACGGAGCUACAGAAACAUGUCUCCGGAGGAGUGGAAGUACCUCGCGAUCCUCCUUAUCUCCAUCCCCAUCGGCUUCCUCUUUAAGAAGGCGGGCGCAGGGCUGAAGCAAUGGGGAUCCGCCGGGGUGGGUCUGGCCCUGACGCUGCUCACCUGUGGACCCCACAUUCUCCACUCGCUCGUCACCAUCCUUGGCACCUGGAUCAUCAUGGAGAUCCGGCCCAGGGCCUGCCAUGCCCUGGCACUGGCCUGGACCUUCCUCUACCUCCUCUUCUUCCGAAUGGUCACUGUAUUUGGACUCCCAGCCCCCACACCUUUCACCAAUGCCGUGCAACUGCUGCUCACGCUCAAGCUGGUGAGCCUUGCCAGUGAGGUGCAGGAGCUGCGGGCGCAGAAGGAAGACCCCUCAAAGCCUCCACCAGUGGGGCAGCUCCUUGCCGUUCCCUCACUGGCCCAGACCUUGAGCUACAGCUACUGCUACGUGGGCCUCCUGACUGGCCCCUUCUACCGCUACCGGACGUACCACGACUGGCUGCACCAGGGUUUGGCGGCCGCGGCCGUGCCCAGCUGGGAGCCCCUGUUGCUGCGGGCCCGGCCGGCCCCGCUCUUCGGGCUGCUCUUCCUGCUGUCCUCCUGGCUCUUCCCGCUGGAGGCUGUGCGGGAAGAUGCCUUCUACGGCCGCAGCCUGGCCUUCCGCCUCUUCUACAUGCUGCCCGUCUUCUUUGCCUUCCGAAUGCGCUUCUACGUAGCCUGGAUCGCAGCCGAGUGUGGCUGUAUAGCCGCUGGCUUCGGGGCCUACCCCGUCGGGGCCAAGUCCAGGGCGGGAGGUGGCCCCACUCAGCCCUACCCUGCCCCGGACAGCCCGGAAGCUGGGGCCACCACCAAGUAUGACUACGAGACCAUCCGCAACAUCGACUGUUACGGGACCGACUUCUGUGUCCGGGUCCGAGACGGGAUGCGGUACUGGAACAUGACGGUGCAGUGGUGGCUGGCCCAGUACAUCUACAAGACGGCCCCGGCCCGCUCCUACGUGCUGAGGAGCGCCUGGACCAUGCUGCUGAGCGCUUACUGGCACGGCAUCCACCCCGGCUACUACCUGAGCUUCCUGACCAUCCCCUUGUGCCUGGCCGCAGAGGGCUGCCUGGAGUCGGGCCUGCGGAGCCGCCUGGGCCCAGAGGCCCAGCACGCCUGGGACUGGCUUCACUGGUUCCUGAAGAUGCGGGCCUACGACUACAUGUGCAUGGGCUUCGUCCUCCUCUCGCUGCGGGACACGCUCCGCUACUGGGCCUCCAUCUACUUCUGCAUCCACCUCCUGGCCCUGGCCGGCCUGGGGUUGGGGCUGGCCCUGGGCGGGGGCGGCCCUGACCGCCGGGCGAGGGGCACCCGGGGGCACCCGGAAGCCAAGACUCCCCCGAACAAGCCCCCCACGCCCCCAGACAAGUUGCGGGAGGAGUGAGGGCCUCCCGGGGCUGAGCACCCCCGAGCUUUGAGGGGGGUUGGGAAGUGGGACCCCAGAACCCUGGGGGAGGGGAGGGGGCUGCUGAGCCGGGCCCCCAGAAGGCUGGAGACCCGGAGCCUGGAUCCCCCAAGGGACAGGAGAGUGGGACCGCUGGGUCCCUGAGGGAGCAGGCAGCUCCGAGGCCCCGGGGAGCCUUAUUCCUGGGGCGACGUGGCUGGGAGCCCUGAUGCCAGCUUCCCCCGGGGCCGGCUCCUUGGGGGGAUUUUAAUUUUCUCAAUAAAGAGCCUUGGACAAAA